AUUGGAGCUCGAUUGUAAUUCCUUGUCGAGCGGGAACCAGAAGUAGAAACUACCAGACUGGAUUAGUUUACUGUGGAGUUAAUAUCCUGCUGUCAUGGACUGGGACCAGAAUGAGUUGCUGUCGCCUAUUGUACGAGAUGCCGAAGUGACCAGAGCAGCACGCCGAAAGAGUUCAGUUCAGAAGAAGGCUCAAUUCAACUUCCUUUCUCCUCGUGAUGACAACCAAGGUAGUACCACCACACCUGCCCGUUCCCUGCCCUGCCACACACCUGGAUCCCUCUUCAAACAGUCCUUCACCCCGAAGAGUGCUGCUAGGAACCCAGAUGUGUCGGCCAUCUUGGCGACAGGGCGCAGGACUCCUCGUUUCAUCCAUACGCCACGACCUCCCCUGGGCAGUAUGAGCAUGAACCUGGAUGACAGUGACUGGACCAACAGCCUGUACCCGUCUCCUCUGUCCGGCCUGGGACUGGGGGACACCAGCUUUACUGACGACAUCAACAUGUCCUCUGUGAUGCUGGAGGAGGAGGAUCCUGGAGAGGCUGCAUCAGUCAGUCUGUUCCCAGAGUUCCUCCAGUCCUAUCUCAGACACUCCUCCACUGCUGUCUUUGACCUGCUGGGGGAGUAUGAAGCCAUCUGUCAAGACAAGGUGGGCAUGCUCCAGAGGCUGGUAUCGAGGGCAGCUCCAGGGCAACAGAAGUCCUCUAAGACUGCUGGUAUGAGAUGGCUUUUACAGCAGGAGAUGGUCACCUGGCGCCUCAUCACUUCUCUAUACAGAGACAGGAUCCAGUCAGAGCUGGAGGAUGACAUCAUGAUGGAUGUGGCUGCUCCCGGUGUUAGUGAGAAGGUGGUGAUGGAACAACUUUUCCAGAGAGAUGCUGUAGUACGCCAGAGUCAGUUGGUUGUGGAUUGGUUAGAGAGUAUCGCCAAAGAUGAAAUCGGGGACUUCUCCGACAACAUUGAAUACUACGCCAAGUCUGUCUACUGGGAGAAUACCCUUCAUGCUCUGAAACUGAGAAGAAACACAUCCAGCACAGGCUUCAAUGUUCCCCUGGUUACUGAGCUGGACCCUGACGCCCCCAUCAGACAGAGACGUCCCCUGGCAGACCUGGACAGAGAGGAUGAUGCCAGACUGCUGAAGUACCUCUUCACCCUCCUCAGAGCGGGCAUGACUGACGAGGCCCAGAGGCUGUGUAAGCGCUGUGGCCAGGCAUGGAGAGCUGCUACUCUGGAGGGAUGGAAGCUGUACCACGACCCCAACAUCAACGGAGGCGGUGCAGAGCUGCUACCGGUGGAGGGGAACCCUCAGCGCUGUGUGUGGAAGGUCUGCUGCUGGAGGAUGGCUGAUAGUGAACACUUCAGCAGAUAUGAGAGAGCCAUCUACGCUGUUCUGAGUGGGAACCUCAAACGGCUGCUCCCAGUGUGUGAGUCGUGGGAGGACAGUGUGUGGGCCUACUUCAGGGUCCUGGUAGACUCUCUGGUGGAACAGGAGGUCCGGUCCUCAGGGAUGGGCAGCGAGGAGCUGGAGGAGCUGCCACGAGAGUACCUGGAGGCCAACUGGACACUAGAGAAGGUGUUUGAGGAGCUGCUGGCAACAGAGUCAAAGAAAGUCCUGGAAGAGACGAAAGAACACUACCACAUUAUCCAGAAGUUAGUUAUCCUGGGUGACCUGGACGGUCUGUUGGAGGAGUUCAGUAACUGGUUGACCAGGAGUCCUGCUCUGCCCUCUCACCUGCUGCGCUUCAUGACACACCUGGUGUUGUUCUACCGUAGUCUGGGCAUGCAGCUCAAGGAGGAGGUAUCAGUGGAUGUCCUGAAGGCCUACAUCUCUCUGUUGAUGAGGGAGAAGCACGUUGAUCUGAUAGCCUUCUAUGUCAGUCACCUGCCGCCAGACCUGGCCACCGCCCAGUACGCUCUCUUCCUGGAGGAGGUCACCGAGGCUGAGCAGAGACAACGCUGUCUGGAGCUGGCCAGGGAGGCAGGUCUGGACGUGGCAGCGGUCACUAAGAUGGUGGUGGAGAACAUCAGAGAGAGAGACACUGAGGAGUUUGCUCAUCAUGACCUCACCCCUGCACUGGACACUGGCACCUCAGCGGAGGACCAGAGGAAGAUCGAUGUGAUUGAUUGGCUGGUGUUUGACCCUGCCCAGAGAGCUGAGGCCCUCAAACAGAGCAACGCCAUCAUGAGGAAGUUCCUGGCCUGUAAGAAACACCAUGCAGCUAAGGUGGUGUUCGGUAAGGUCCCCGAGGACUCCAUGAGGGAGAUCUACCGCCAGUGGGAGGAGCUAGGCCUGGACACGCCCCUUCCCGCGGAGGAUGAGAACGCCAUCAGGGAACACCUGUGCGUCCGCGCUUACCUGGAAGCUCAUGAGGCGUUUAAUGAGUGGUUCCAUCACAUGAACUCCCCCCCUCAGAAGCCCAGCCUGCCGGCUCAGGCCAAGUUCACUGAGAAGGUGGCCUACGAGAUGAAGGAGAACGAGUACCAGCUGGAACAUGACAGCUGGACCGGCCGUCUGGAGGCUCUGACUGAAGACGUGAAGGAGAGGAUCUACAACGUCCUGCUGUUUGUGGACGGGGGCUGGAUGGUCGACGUCAGAGAGGAUAUGGAGGAGGACCCAGAGAGAGGCCACCAGAUGGUGCUGCUUCGUAGACUCUGUCUGCCCAUGAUGUCCUUCCUGUUGCAGACAGUACUGCAGAGAACACAACGUCACCAGGAGAGUCUCAGACUGGCUGAUAUCAUCGCCUCAGACCAACACCGUCUCUACGAGGUGUUCUCCAAGGAUGAGCUGAGGAAGUUCCUUCAGAAGAUGAGGGAGUCGUCUCUUCUCUUAUUGGAUAAGGGUCUAGACCCGCUGGGGUACGAGAUCCAACCAUAAAUACGCCACCCGGACAUUUUUUAUUUUUUUUGCCAAGUUUAAGUAAUGGAGUGAAUGAUUUUCUGCAUUUUGUAUACAAUAAAAGUGACGUGUCUGAAAUAUUGUUUGUCUUUGGGCCAUGCACAGACAGGAUGCAUAUACAGUAUCUGAAUCUAGAAGAGUAUAAGGAAGGUUUGAGACACCACCUUGUCUAGGUCGAGAAGAGAUGGUUUAGGUUAUCGCCUUCGCAACGCAACAAAGUGUCCAUGUGUAGGCGCUGUAGGCCACUGUGACGUGGAUAUAGUUCUCUUCUCAGAACACGGAAGUAAAGGUCGCAUUAUGACGUCACUGCUCCCGUUAAGUUUUGCAACCAGGCUCUUUUUUUCUUGUAUGAUCCACAUGCGAUGGUAUGAAAGUUGUACAACGCUAACUGUACAUGCAGGACUGAAAUACUCUAGAAUGUAAUGCCACUGUAUAGGCCCUGUACAUUUUUACGAAAGGGGAUGUAUGCCCGAUCAGUCGCUAGUGUCGAAGCCUGGAGAGACCCCCGCAACUUUUCCUGAUGUGUGGCAGAGGGUAGACAUUUUUUUGGUUUACAUUAGCUACCUAGCUUCAUACUAUACAGUACUACUGAAACCUGUAUGUAGAUUUUACAGGACAGUUCAAGACGACCAUGGCUAACCGACUGUCAGACCUUUUCUCGAACAGCCGCCUCGUCAUUGGAUUAUUGGCCAAUUUGCUAUCAUCGAUAUGCAUCGUUUUCAUCAACAAAUGGAUCUAUGUUCACUAUGGCUUUCCAAACAUGACUCUAACUCUGAUUCAUUUCGUUGUGACAUGGCUUGGACUAUGGGUAUGCCAGAAGAUGGACAUAUUUGCGCCAAAGAGUCUCCAACCCACCAAAAUUAUCUGGCUCGCUCUAAGUUUCUGUGGCUUCGUGGCUUUCACCAAUCUGUCUUUACAAAACAACACCAUCGGUACCUACCAGCUGGCCAAAGCGAUGACAACUCCUGUGAUCAUUGUCAUACAGACAAUGUACUACAAGAAGACAUUCUCCACCAAGAUCAAGUUGACUUUGGUACCCAUAACGUUAGGUGUGAUCCUCAACUCCUACUAUGAUGUGAGAUUCAACCUCCUGGGGAUGGUCUUUGCCACACUAGGAGUGUUCGUCACCUCCCUCUAUCAGGUGUGGGUAGGUGUGAAACAGCAUGAGCUCCAGGUUAACUCCAUGCAGCUACUCUACUACCAGGCCCCCAUGUCCUCUGCCUUCCUCCUCUCCCUCGUGCCCUUCUUCGAACCUCUCUCUGGGGAGGGGGGCAUCUUCGGACCCUGGUCCUUCCCAGCACUGGGAAACAUACUGUUGGAAGAACUCAGCAUUGUGAGUCUGUUCAGAACCCGAUGAAUGCCAUGGCCUUGGUUUGGUUCAGGGAUGGUGAAGCUGUAAUCCCACUACCUGGCCUCAUACUGCAUGACUGGGGUUAAAGACUUUAAGACCAGGCCUAAGCAGACGGGCCAAAGAAACAAGUAAGGUGUAAGGUGAGGUUAGAAGAGGGGGGGGGGGGGGACUUUGGGGGAAUUCCUGGCAUAGCCUAAAUAAUAUUCAAAUAGUCUUAUUUUGUUCAUGUAAAUUAUUUUGAGAGAGAGAGAGGUGUUUGAUACUUUCAGUUUGUCUUCAGAAUGAGAGAGAGACUACAUCCUGUGAUGGAUUUACUCAGAUGAGAUGAGUCACUGAAGACACACGAGCACUAGUCCUCUACGAACAUGUCAAAGCAUGUUCAGCUGUGUGUGGCCUGUCGUCUGCCCAGCAACCAAACCUGCCACUCGGUCAACGGAGCUCACUUCAACACUGUUGUUCUGAACCCUAAGGUCGACAAGCCUCCACUUCCACCCCCUGGAGAUAGACUAGUUAUAGCAAACAGUGGUCAAAUACUGAUGUUGCUAAUGCUGCUAACAUGCUACUGUGCUGCUGUUAGCUUCAGAGCAUGGGGAUGCUAACAUGCUACUGUGCUGCUGUUACCUUCAGGCCAUGGUGAUGCUAACAUGCUACUGUGCUGUUGUUACCUUCAGGCCAUGGUGAUGCUAACAUGCUACUAUGCUGCUGUUAGCUUCAGAGCAUGGGGAUGCUAACAUGCUACUGUGCUGCUGUUACCUUCAGGCCAUGGUGAUGCUAACAUGCUACUGUGCUGUUGUUACCUUCAGGCCAUGGUGAUGCUAACAUGCUACUGUGCUGCUGUUACCUUCAGACCAUGGGGAUGCUAACAUGUUGUAUCUCUACCUUCAGACCAUGGUGAUGCUAACAUGUUGUAUCUCUACCUUCAGACCAUAGUGAUGCUAACAUGUUGUAUCUCUACCUUCAGGCCAUGGUGAUGCUAACAUGUUGUAUCUCUCCUUCAGGCCAUGGUGAUGCUAACAUGUUGUAUCUCUACCUUCAGACCAUGGUGAUGCUAACAUGUUGUAUCUCUACCUUCAGACCAUAGUGAUGCUAACAUGUUGUAUCUCUACCUUCAGGCCAUGGUGAUGCUAACAUGUUGUAUCUCUCCUUCAGGCCAUGGUGAUGCUAACAUGUUGUAUCUCUACCUUCAGACCAUGGUGAUGCUAACAUGUUGUAUCUCUCCCUUCAGGCCAUGGGGAUGCUAACAUGUUGUAUCUCUCCCUUCAGACCAGGGUGAUGCUAACAUGUUGUAUCUCUACCUUCAGACCAUGGUGAUGCUAACAUGCUAACAUGUUGUAUCUCUACCUUCAGACCAUGGUGAUGCUAACAUGUUGUAUCUCUCCCUUCAGGCCAUGGGGAUGCUAACAUGUUGUAUCUCUCCCUUCAGACCAGGGUGAUGCUAACAUGUUGUAUCUCUACCUUCAGACCAUGGUGAUGCUAACAUGCUAACAUGUUGUAUCUCUACCUUCAGGCCAUGGUGAUGCUAUCUGGCCUCAUAGCCUUCCUAGUCAACCUGUCAAUCUACUGGAUCAUAGGGAACACCUCUGCUGUCACCUACAACAUGUUUGGCCACUUCAAGUUCUGCAUCACCCUGUUGGGGGGCUAUGUUCUCUUCCAGGACCCCCUGUCUCUAAACCAGGGCCUGGGCAUCCUCUGUACCCUCACUGGCAUCCUCUCCUACACCCACUUCAAGCUGGCAGAGCAGGAGGAGGGCAAAAGCAAGCUGGUCCAAAGGCCAUGAUAGGCCCACCGGGGUGCCAAUCCAUAGAGGCUGCUACUCUCAUUGGUUGCUCGACAACUCACUGGUUCCCUAGGACUGUUUGAGGGAAGGGCCAGGUUGGAAUCAUAGAACUAGAGGUUGGAAUCAUAGAACUAGAGGUUGGAAUCAUAGAACUAGAGGUUGGAAUCAUAGAACUAGAAUUCUAUAGUUGGAAUGUGAUUGUUGAGUGAAAGGGGAACUGGCCAAACAGUGAGAUAAAGGGAGAUAGUUCUGGCAGGGAACACUAAUGAUGAGGAUGAUAAUACACUGUUAAAGAAGUGGAAUGUAUACUGUAUUGGAAGAUGUGGGAGCUCAGCAAGCCUAGUAUUAACAUUGUUUUUGCAUUACUCAAGAUGCUGUCUCAUAUUCCAGUAUUUUUGC